CCGGCCGCCAGCACAAACAGAUCCACCGCGCGAGGAAACCGCAGCCUGAAUAAUCCCUUAAUAAGGUGAUGGUAAACAGAAACCUGUGGCGAUGCCACGGCGUGGCGGCUGCUGCUGGUGGUGGGACAGGGCACGGUGUGGGUACCACGUCCUGGUGUGGGCACCGCAUCCCAGCACAGCAUCGUCACUGUUAGGGGUUCAGCCGGGGUCUGGAUCUGAAAUAGAUGCUGCCGAGUGUUGAAGGUGGAGAUACAGUGAACAGGCAAUGAGUUUUGGGGAUGCUUUUUUGGCUUUACCCGGUUUGGGACAAACGUGGUGCCCACCCAGCAGUGCACGUGGAUUUGCCCCAUUUUGCAGGUGUGGGCUCAGCUGAGCGCUGUUCCCUGCACUGCCUGUCCACCUUUGCCCCUGUGCUGUGGGCAGAGGUCAGAUGAGGAUGCUGUGGGGAUGUGAGGAUGUGGGACAAAGCCAGUGGGAUUGGUUUGAACACCCGUGGUAGCUCAUAGCUGCAGAGGCAGGACCGUCCUUCUAAAUAAAUGUGACUGCAUCUUGAACCGUGGGGAGAUCUAGCAAUGACCCUCACCAGAGUUUCCUGCUUGCCCCAGUCUGGCUUCAGCCUUCCAGGCUUUCCCCACCUCUGCAGCCACAUUUUUCUCAUAUAACUUAUGGCAAAUUUUCUGUGGACGUAGGGUUCCUGGGUGUUGACAAGGCAUGUGGCCUUGUGCAAGUGACUGCCACCCAUGCAUGAAGCCCUGGCACCACUGGACUGUGCAGAUGGUUGCUUCAGGAAUGUGGUGUGAAAGCACGUGCUGUGGAGCAACCCCCAAAAGAAGGGGAUGGGUGUUGGGGCAGCCAGUGGGGGAUCAGUGGUGUCCCAAGCCACUUCCCAGUAAUCCUUGUCAGCCCUGCUGCCAGAGGGAGUGGUGCAGGAGGAACACAGAUCAAGAUGUCACAUAAAAAAUAAUCAGCAAUGACCUACACUGGGUCCUGUUUAUGUUUACGAGGGAAAAGGAAAAAACACCUGAGAUGUGCCAAAAAUGUUAGAAUGUUUAUCUGGUAGGCAAGGAGUGCACCGUGAGCUGGAAGCUGCAGACCUCUGACAUAAACAUGGAGAUCAUCUCUGUUUCCCCUUUGUGAUGAAGAUGAGAUGUGGGAAAGGUGCUGAGGCAGAGCAAGGAAUUCGUCUUCCCCAGAUGGAAGCUACCUCCCACCAUGGUUGACCCACACUAAGCACAGCACCAGUGCCUUGGCAAGACAUCUCCAGUCCCACUGGCUGCUUGCCCACAUCCUAGCAUCAAUUCCUGUGGGUCGCACUGCUGGGUAAGGAAAUGUGCUGUUCUACAAAGGGAAUAAACUAUUAUUCCUUACAUGAUGGAAGCGGGAUGAUAGUUCUAACCCAGUGCAGGUGCAGGCAUUUCUGCAGGGGAUUUUGCAGCCUCCUCAGCAUGGCUGUUUUCUCUCUACUAUGUCUCCUUCAAGACAAGAUCUGGAGACAUGUGUGUGGCUUUAGAAGCAGGUUUGGCACAUGUGAGUUCAUGCAAACCCCAAGUCUCUAGAACAGUUCAUUUGCACAGUUUCUCUUGGCUUGACCAUCCCUUGCUGCAGCUCUGACAUGUGACUGACUUUGGAGGGAACAGCAUGAGAAGAGCCCCAGAUGAUGCCAGUGCUGAGCACCACCGGCUCUGGGAGAGGCUUUCCAGCUGCCUGGAGGUGGACAAUGCCCCAACCCAUGGGGUGGAGAGGACAAGUCAGGGGCUGCCCCAUGCCUGGCGUAUUCUGCAGGGCUGUAGUACCUGUGGCCAGUGACAAGGACAGAUCCCAGACCAAUCUGCUCCUGUCUUUCUGCCCAUAACCAGUGGCUUCAGCUGCCUGAGGCUGCUCCUUCCCAUCAGAAAUCAGCAGAUCCACAGCCUCUUGGACUCAUUCCUCUUCUGGAUUAAUGCUGGGGAGCCUACCCAAAUCUCAUAGUUUUUUUCCAUGGUUUCAUUACUGAUGUGUAAUUACAAAGCCAUAAGGUAUUUAUGUGAAUACUGCCAUGCUUAAUGCUGAGGCUGGGGCAGUGUCAGGGGAGUGUGACAGCAGAUGGUGCCAGCAGUAUCUCCCUCCCCACACUUCUUUGUGGUUGUGUCCAUAACUUUUCUGGUGUUCAUCUAAUAAAUCCAGGGGAAAACUGGCUGAUAAUGCUCAUCCUGGUUCUUCAUGUCUCCCACCAUUUCUAGUACAGCAUGGCUGAGUGGCCAUCUCCAAAAGCCAACUGCACCAUGCCAGAAGGAUAGUAGGGUUGGAGGGGCUGUUCUCAGGGCUGCAUGUGGAAUUUACAGGCUGUGGGGUCUGCAAAAUGCUCUGUGGGGCCCAUAAAUCCCCUUUUGGGUCAAGGCCAUGCAUAAUUCCCUGCCGGCUGCCCUCGUCCUCCCUCCCUGUGCCCUCUCCACUCCGCCAAAGGGAGCUGACGGUUAUUUUCCCCUGCUGCAUGUUUCUGGGCUUGCUUCUGUUUACGGAGAUGGGAGUUAAAAUAACUGAUUGAUGACUUUGUUCCAUCCCAAACACUUUGGGGAAGUUUGCGUGGUUUAGAAGGGAGAGUUGGGAGCUGGGAUUUCAUUAAGCACUUGGCUCCCGGCACUUCUCCAGCCAUGCUCCAGGGGUGGCUAAUGUUGUUUUUUUAAAAUCCUGUUUUGCUAUCCCAGGAGCCGGAGUGGCGAUUUCCAUGGUUUGUAGGAGAACUUGGAGAUGUAGCAGGUCCCUGAGGUUCCCUCUGAGCUCUGAAACACUAGCAAACCUCAAUAUUGUUUCACUUAAGCCCCUCCUCCACCGCUUCAUCAGCACAAAAUUGCACUCCAGCUGCCUAAAAUCUUUGGAAAAGAGCCAGAAAAAUGAAUUACUGGAAUUUGUUUUCAUUGUGUGGAUGAGGAUUUACAGGCUAUGACUGGGAGAAAAGGAGUGAGUGGACCUAUUUCCCCUCUGGAAGUAUUUGCUUGGGAGCUAAAACUUCUAUGGGGACUCAGUAAUGUUCAGCUCCAUAAACAUCAUUUAUGGAACAAAUACAAAAGGCAGCACACAGUGGGGACAUCAGGAGAGCCAGGAUCCAGGAAAAGACUGAUUUUAGCUCUGGAGAUCAGGAAGGCUUUUUCUGCAGUGGUGAAAGAGCCAGGAGUGAGGAGACAAUAAGUGUCUGUGCUGUUUGUGGGGUCUGUUCCACAGGGUAAGCCCCCAAAUGUCUGCUGGCACCAGCACAACACAACUGACUCCUGACAUGUAAAAGAGGGUGCCCUCUGUUCCAUUAUUCCAUCUGUAAAGGAAAAGGGCUUUUGCUAGUGCUUUUGCAGGGCAUGUUUGCUAUUGGAGAGCCCAGGGACUGUCACCUUCCACCCUGCUGCACACACAUAGAACCAUGUACCCUGGGGAGGGAUUCACUGCUCACUGGGAUGUCCUGGACUGCAGAAGGGUCCCACUGGUAUUUCCCUUCUAGGUGCCAUGGCUAUAUCUACUGUCUCUCCUUCCUGUCAGAGCUUGGAGAGGCAGAAACCAUGAUGCUGUGAGAGCACCAGAAGUGCCUCAAUAGCGAAUCCCUUUUUAAUUAAGUGUCUGAGCUGGGGAAAUUAAGAUAAGAAUACUGACUCAUUUAGAAGCUUUCUUCAAGAUGGAGAAGGCCAUUAUUUUCAAGCUCUUAAUGAAUAAUGGAUAUCCCAGCCUCUACCUGGAGCAUUAACUGCUCAGGGACACUGACAGAGCAGCACCAUGGUGUGGGGAACAUCCUGCCCACAGAUGUGGCAGGGCCUGAGCUAUUGCACAACCUCUGAUCAGUGAUGUAAAAGCGGUCACAGGAUGGGAACAGGCGUGAUGGGAAUGUGGCCAGGUCCAAGCCAGGACAGCACCUCAAUGGGGACAUUUACACUGCAAAGGAAGGGCAGGAGCAGAGCUCCAACCCACAGUCCACCUGCUGUUUGCUUUAGCUCUGGACAAGGUUGGAUGGACAAAGACCAUCCUGUGUCAAAGUCCAUGUUGAUUUGGGUAACUAAUUGCUCCUGAAGAACUCCUUGAUUUAUUGCUCCUAUUUAUGGGUAUUGGCUUUGGGCUGGGAUGCAAUCCAGGCUGUGCACCCAUGCUAGCAUGGGGAGCAGCCUCCCACACAUGGGAUGGCAAUCCCUGCUCUCAUUUGUGCCUUCCAUAUUCUUGCUAUAAACCAAGUUGAAGUGGGCAGGUUUGCAGUGAUUUACACCAGCAAAACAUCAGGCAGUUUUCCCUAAAAACCAGCAGAAUCCUGCCUGAUCCAUGAAUGUGCAGGGGCAGGCCUGGUUCUUCCAGUUUGUUUUUGUCCUAUUUUGCAGGGAUUGCACUGGCAGCACAUUGGAGAGGUGUAGGCUGUGUAAGUCAGAACAGAGGCAACAGUGAUGGCAGUGAAAGUGAAGCUUUGAGCUAAAAAGUAUUGUUUAGUGUUCAGACAAGCCUCUACAUGGAAUGGACAGAAAGAGAUGGAGCCCUGAGGGUAGUGGGCACUCCUUGUUGAACCAUGUGGGAAUUUCCAUCAGGUUAAUUUUUGCACUGAGCAAUGUGGAGCCGUGCCUGGGCUGGGGUAAUCGGGGUUGAUCCACCCCCAGGUUUCAGCUCCAAAAGGGUUUUCCAGCAUCCCCACUGGCAAAAGAGAGCAUGGAAAUGCCUCCCCUUCCUGGAGUGCCUGUGGUCAUGGGGGCGACCGGAGAUGUAAAAUAUCUCAUGACCUCAUGCUCUAUGCCAAGGACAUGCUUGGAAAAGCCGGUCUCUGCCGAGCUAAUUCCAGCACUGUUGGGAUUCCCCCUGGAAUACGUGGCCAGAUCAGCUUUCACUGGAGGGUAAAUGUGUGUUUGCCGGGAGCACACCAGAGGGUUUGGUGGGGCCAAGAGCUGCUGAAGAAAGGCCUGGCAGCUCCUAGUGUGAGCCUCUUGUCCCAUCUGAGACAAAAACUGCUGGGAGCAGAUUGCAAAGGCAGCCUGGGAGAUGAGCACUUCUGCAGAGUAACAGCAGGAGCAACUUGGAUUUUGGCUCCCAUAAACACCUCCCUGGGAAGCCAAAUCUGGAUGGGGGGAGAUUUCAGCACUGAUACUCAUCCUAAGGGAUAGUCACUGGAUUCCUGCAGCCCCAUAGCUUGGCUCAAAGCAGAUUUCUUGUAGGAGGGUAAAAGCAGGGUUGGGGAGAGAAAUUAUAUCCCUCUGGCUCAUCAAAUUCAGCACUGAUGAUACCUCUCCCCACAAGACACUGAUCCUUUCCUAAAAGCAUAGAGAAGGAUCAUGUGCCUGCAUGAAGUUCACCCAGCAGUAUCUUUAAGCUUUGAAAACUGCUUGGCGAUAUGAAGCUCAUGGAAAAGAGGAGUCAGGGGAUGUGUUCACUGCUUUUUGCUCCUGCAAGCGCUGUGUAACUGCCAAGGGUCCCACAGGGAUGUCAGCUUUCCCCACAUCUCACCUCUCCCCCACUGCAACAAAGGAGAGCAGCCCUUGAAUUUGGCCAAUGUUUGGGAAGGCGCAUCCAAAGGGAGCACCAAAAUAUGGCUUUGGGACACACAAUCCUAUUUGAGGGCUUGGAGGGAGGAGGAUAUUUGGAGCAACAUGAUGGACAGGUCCCACAGGGAAUUAAAAAAGCAGAGGAUAAAAGAGGGCACAGAAGGCAAAGGCAAGGAGAGCAACUAAACCCUGUCCAAAAACAAGGGCAAAAUUGUUCACUUCCAUGGUUAGUCACAACGAAAACAUUGGCAUUUCAUAAUUUCUUCCAGCUCAAAAAAAAUACCCCGUUAGGGCAGUGAGAGCCCUGACUGGGUCAGUGCAUGCUGAAGCUGAAGGGGACCUAUGGACCCUCCGCUGUCCCUGUGGGUGAUUUUCUUGCUUUACUGGGGACUGGGGUUCCAGAUGAAAGUUCCCAAAUAAUUUCCCCCCAGAUAAAUUCCAGCCUGGGCAGGAAAGCAAAGCUGUUGUGGGGAAGCUCAGCUGAGUGGGGCAGUGAUGCACACACAUCAGUCUUUUUUGCUUGGUGGUGAACAGAAAGGGCUCAGCACCAGAUCUCACCAUGUUUCUUGGGGCUUGACCUCAGGAUUUGGUCUAUUCCAUCCUCUCUAUUUUCCAGUUUAGAGAUGAGGAGUGGGAUUUUACGCAGAUUGACAUUUCCUGAUGAAAGAUGGAGGAAAGACCCUGAGAGCUGCUGCUCUGCAUGGGAAGGUGUAAAUCUGGGGAAUCACUGGGAAUGAUGCUCUGGACAUCUGAGCUCAGCAGCAUCAGGAAUACCAGCCUGGGGUAUUAAAAGGUGGGAAUUGCAGCAGGUUUGAGCAUGUUUUCCCCAGUACCUCUGUCCAACAGUGUGAUACCCCUGAGAAGGGUUUUUAUCAGCGAGGUUUUGAUAUACAAAGAUGAAUCAGAAACAGAGCAUUGUUUCACCAAGAAAUGGUCUAAAGGCACAGUUUACCAAGUAACAGUCCAGAAGGCAGAACAGAUCUCUCCCUCUGCUUUAAACACAGGUUUUUAGGAGGGGGAUGGGGUGACCUAGAUUAUCCCCAGGAGGGGCAGCAAUUACCGUCCCUCCUUGGCAGGUUGAUCAGAGCAGCCAGGGCUGGCUGAGCAGGCAGAAUAAGGUGCUGGUUUAUCCCCGGUGAUCACUGGGCUUUGUGUCUCUGUCUUUUGCUGCAGAGAGUUUGGGAAAUUUUGGGUGAUGCCCUGAUUCAGACCUGUUUGUAAGCACAGUGGCACCAUGCUAAUUUUUAUGAUGCUGUUAUUUAAUGAAAAAGCUGAAAACUGGGAGCUUCCCAAUUGCUUGACUUGUGAACUUUGGGUAAGAAGAGAAGCUGUUCCAGAGGUGAGCUCAUUUCUAACCCCGGGAAAUGACUUCAUGGACGCUGGUAUUUACUCACAAAAACAUUGCAUGUCAGAUGUCCCUGACUAGACUUUCUGUUUCGAGUCCAGUAUGAGACAAAAAUUUCCUUGGAUGAGCUGCUCCUAAGACAAUUCAAAGUUUGGAGAAGGAGGAGAAGAAUUGCAGGGGGGAAAAAAAGAAUCAGCAUUAAAAACACUCUGAAAUCAUGAGGUUUUUCUGAAUAAAGGGAAAUAUUUGGGCACCCAGCCUGGCAGAAGCACCUGUCUGAGGGGAGGGUGCAGGUGAUGAAUCCAGCAGAAGAAUCACUCAUCCUUACCCGUCACAACAACCAGCAGCAGCUGGAGUUUCUCUCAGAGAGGAAAAUACAAGUUUUUCUCUUUGGGAAGCCAAGCCCCCAGCAGUGAUUUAUCAGGAUAAACAGCAGUAGGUUCCCUGCCCCAUGUUUGCUAUAGGUUAAUGGAAAUUAUAUCCCAUGCUGCUCUCCCUUGAUGAGAUAGAUCCCAGUAUAUACAGGGUGUCUGAUGGAAAAACACAGCGCUUGCAUUUUUAUUCAGACUGUAUUACCCAGUGUGGUUCCUGAGUUCUGGUUUCUCCAGCAUCCAGGAUGAUCUAUAUGGAUUUGGGGAGAUCAGUCCUAUUUGGGGACGCUGGGGGAUGCUCUGUCCCCUCAUGACCCAGCGCUGGACUGCAGCUCUGGGGAUGUACUGGGGCAGCAUCCCAAGAGGAGGAGAUUUUGGGAAGAGCCAAGCUGGGAUGUAUGGAAACAAGCCCUGCCUGCCAGCGCUGUUUCCUAAUCCUGGACACCAAAAUCCUCUGAUCGUUAAACCAGUGUUCAGAGAUUCGGCUGAAAGCUGCCAUGCAGACAACAUCCAAACUGACCUUUGAGGAGAUGAGCAAAAGAAAAAAAGAGAAGAAAACACAAGGGGGUUACUGUGCAAAUGCUGGAGAAAAGCAGUAAUUUCAAUAAGGGACCCCACCCUUAAAAUAAGACAUAUUGCUAAUGCAUGCCCAGGACAUUUCUGUGUGAUGGUAUGCUAAAAAAAUCCCCUCUGAACUGGGACUAAAGGCUUUGUUGUGACAUGAACAAGGCUUACACUUCCCAAGAAAAAUCCUGUCCCUCUUUUGCAUCAUAGAGCCAGGGAUGGAGAGGACAUUUCUAGACUAAAAGGCCAUCAGCUAGGAUGAAGGACAAACAGGGAAUACAUUCCUUACUUGCUACUUAAUUGCUUUUGUGCAGGUGCAAAGGGCUAAAUGAAAGGGAAAAUAAGGAUGAGUGUGUGUGGCCGAAUUAAUCUCAGCUUUAAGCAGGAACCUAAUGUCAGGAGGAGGUGGCUGCUGGAACAAACAGGCUUCCACCCAACUUCUAUGAAGAUUUUGUGCUAUUUGUCCCCCAAGGGCCAGGCUCAUUUCCAAGGCACUGGUGGGUGAUGCCCCUGUCAUGUAAGGAGGUGAUGGGGACAGUCCCAUCCCAUGUGGCAGGGCUGGCUGGUGCUCUCUGGCAGUGCCAGCAGGGUCUGCUUUCCUCUUUCCCCCUUAUGGAAAACACUUCAGAUGCAGGACUUGCCCUCUGUGGCUCUGAGCAGAGAGUUUCCAUCCCGAUUCCUUUUGGCAGCUCCAUGAAGAAGUGAUGGAAAGUUUAGGGUAUUCCAGGGCAAACAUAGUCCAGUGUCUGUAGCAUCUCCUGGGUCUCAGGAUCUGGUCCCUCUGCUCCACAAGUUGACUCUUAAACCCACAAAGGUUUAAGAGUCAAAUUGGAAAUGGGGAAAAUAUCUUUUCUGCUUGUGCCCAGCAUCACUCCUGCCAGCAAAGCAGCCUCAGAGAUGGUGCAACUACAUUCAUAGCUCAGGCAUUUCCUCCUGAAAUAAGUGGGAGUAGUUUUAAUAAUGGAAAACCUGUUCCAGAAAGGGAAUCUCUUCCUCUUGAGGAACAAUGCAGAGCCACAUUGCCAGCCCAGGAUCUGCAGGGACCUGUAUACCACGUACUCUUUAAUUUAAUAGCCUGGAAAAUGUGAAGGUCUAUCUGCAUGUCAUUAAAGUCCCAGCAAAGCCCCUGGGAGUGUGUUUGCCAGUGCUGGCCCCAGCAGGACUUGGGGCUGUCCCUCUUUCACCCCCACAGCUCCUUUGCUGGCCAGAAGAUAAAGAUGUCCUCAGUUUCCCUCCCUGUCCUUGCAUUGCACUUCAUAUUUUCUAAGCUCUUUUGAGCUCUUUGUCCCUCCCAAGGUCCUUCCCUCUCACUGUGCUGUGCUGCAAGAAAUACAGAAAGAACAAGAUGGGAACUAAUAGACUGCAAGGAAAAAAGUGUAUCCAUUAAAAUGGCAAAAUGAACCACGUUUCUCCUUAUUAAUUCCCUCCUUACAGCAUUUCUAGUCCAGGCAUGUACCUGUGAUGCUUCCACGGACCUGUGUGGUCCAGGAGCAUCUCUGAGGUGCAUGUGUGCGCAUGUCUGCGAGUCUCUUGGUUGUCUGAGCAACGGGACAUUCAUCACUAACUCCCAGGAUAAUUAACUCAUUUUCCUGUAUUUACAGCAAACCAGUACAGGGACUGUUGGCACUUAUCCCUGAUGGAGCCACAUUUGGCCACAACGUUUUGAAUUUUGGCUGUUUCUUGCAUUACGGCAGCUUUGUCAUCAUGCCUGCUGCCUGCUCAUUAAGUGGGCAGCUCAUUAAGCUAACAAGGGCAGGGGUGAUGGUGGCUGCCUGAGCCAGGCUGCCCGUGGGUGCCCACCUCGGUGUGCCCCGUUCCUGGUUUGCCGGUGCAGGGGGUGUUUGCAGCAGCAUUCCCAUCUCCAGAUGCCUGCAUAUGCCUGUGCUAACAGCAGCGUCGCUCCUGGCUUGCCUGCUGGCAAGGGGAAAUUUUACUGCUUCAAGGUUUGUUGCAGGGAUCUGAUGCAAGGAAACACUGGAGCAUCCUGACUCAGCACCGCAGCGGUGAGGGACCCGUGGGAAAGGCACGGAGCAUCUUCUCUCAGCAUCAGGGCAUGCAUAUGCCAGCAGGGGAUGAGUGAGGAGCAGCUCCCUGCAUCUCCCCACUGCCCCACCACGCGGGAGGACACCAAUGCCUCGGCCUCUGCGUACCCCCAGUACUGGGUGGAGCCCCGGUUCACUCAAGCAGCAAAGGUCCGUGUGAUCAUCACAGCCAUCUUCUUCCUGCUGGCAGCGGGCAGCAAUGCGGCCGUGCUGGGCAGCCUGCUGAGGAAGAGGAGGAAAUCCCACGUGCAGCCGCUGAUCCUCAGCCUGGCGCUGGCUGACCUGCUGGUGACAGUGAUGGUGAUGCCCCUGGAUGCAGCGUGGAACGUGACAGUGCAGUGGUAUGGAGGGGACAUCUCCUGCAAGAUCCUCAACUUCCUCAAGCUCUUUGCUAUGUAUGCAGCUGCCCUGGUACUGGUGGUCAUCAGCCUGGACCGGCACGCAGCCAUCCUCCAUCCCUUCUCCCGUGCUCACCACCGCAAUGGGAUGCUGCUCCGUGCUGCCUGGGCUGGCAGCGUGCUCCUGGCUUUGCCCCAGCUUUUCCUCUUCCACCUGAGCACAAUCCCAGGAGGGAAUUUCACCCAGUGUGUUACUCAUGGGAGCUUCCGAGCACACUGGGAGGAAACUGUCUACAACAUGUUCACCUUCACCACCCUCUACAUCACCCCCCUGAGUGUCAUGAUCGUCUGCUACAUCCGGAUCCUUUGGGAGAUCAGUAAGCAGCUAAAGGUCAAUAAAGGUUUGACAAGAAAUCAAAACGAACACAUCUCCAAGGCACGCAUGAAGACUCUCAAGAUGACCAUAGUGAUUGUUGCCACCUUCAUCAUCUGCUGGACCCCUUACUAUCUCCUGGGCUUGUGGUACUGGUUCCAGCCAGCCAUGAUCCAGAAGAUGCCAGAGUAUGUCAACCACAGCUUCUUCCUCUUUGGCCUGCUGCACACCUGCACUGACCCUAUCAUUUAUGGACUGUACACCCCUUCCUUUCGGGAGGACGUGCAGCUGUGUCUCAGGGGCAUUGAAACAGCCAUCACCAGGCAAAAGAGACACAAACCCAUCUCAGCCUCAGAGAACAACACAAAGGAUGGUGCUGCAAAUGGUGGGGUGGCAUCAGGGGGCUCCAAUGGGACAACUGUCAGCACAGUCUGAUGAAGAGAUGUACCCACAAGGGGAUGGCAGGCACAGCUUUGGGACUGUUUUUUCCUGUAGGACCAUUUUGGAAACUGUCAUGAUGAGGUUCCCUACUCAGCUGUUGUGGGGAAGGGUUUCUGACCAGAAACUGAGAAUGUGUCUCCUCCCUGUACCCAGGGUGAAAAAGAUUGGGGGUAUUUCUGGUCAUUCUGCUGUAUUCUGGCAGUGCUGUGAAAACUAGAAAACAUCCUUUUUGUACCUGAAACAUGCUCCAGCCCUGAUUCUGGAAUCAAGCUUCACCACACUUCCAGCAUCAACCUCUGGGAGGAAAUUUACCAUCUCCUCUGUGGUCCAGGGUCUUCAAGUGCCCUUUGCACCUACACCCAGCUGUAGAGCUGCAUGGAUGGUGUCACCCAGCUGUAGAGCUGCAUGGAUGAUCACACCCUGCAAAGGUGUGAUCAUAGGCUUUUACUCCGUUUUCUCCACCCAUUGUAGGAAAAGCUCUCUGGAAAUUUCAGAUCUCCUGACUCACAACCUGUCUGGUUCUCCCAUGGAUGUGUGACAAGCCCUGGGAAAUAUCUAAAUAUCUGGAGGUUGACUAAUGCAGGGUUAUUCAUGCCCCAGGAAUGGUGGGCCUGGAGUGCUGUGGGGGGGGAGGGACUCAGGCAAGAGCAGUACAAAGAACCACAGUGGGGUAGGGUGAGGUUUCUUCUCUCUUUUGAAGAGAGCCAGAAGGGAAAACAGUCUCUGCUACUGUUUUCUGGUGUGAAGGGGAUGUACAGACAGAUGUAUCAUUACACAGCAGCUCUGUGGGACACAGGGCAAACCAGGAGAGAGAGUAUUUGUGAUAAUGAGAACCAGACCUGACACUGCCCAGCCCCCCUGACCUUUCUGUCCCCAUGUCCCAGAGCAUAGGCUGGCAGGUUGCAGGCCACACGAUGGACACAUUUGCUUUGCCCUAAGCAACACCAGCCCCUCAGCUCUGCCCAGCAGAGCGGGCACAGCCAUCCUACAGGGGUUGUUUGAGGUGUCCCAAUGAUUGAAGUGAUGGGAUGCAGCUGAGAAGGGUCCAUCAGCACCUUUAGUGCCAGAUGGAGGUAAAGGAAGGCUUCUGGAGGGAUCACCUGAGCUGUGGUGAGUAAUGUGGGCUGUUUGCUUUCUACCAUUGUGCCAAAAGUUACUUGUGAAGGCAGAAGUCUCUUCUCUGGGUGUGGGUUGAAGAGAUGAAUUUAUUUAACUGUGUUGUCCUUUCCAGGUAAUUAGAAAUAGUGGAUUAUUUCUUUUUAUCAUUCUCUGAUUAUUGUUAUUAAAUGUGGGGUUUGCUUUUGAAGAGAAAUUUAGUUUUAAGCCAGGUGGGUUGUUGUUUUCUUAGUUUAGUUAAAUCUUUGGACAGCUCAGGAGCUCUGGACUUGGCAGGAGGCAGUUCCUUGGCUAUUUUUAUGGCCAACAGCAGCUUUGAAUGAGCAUCUGGACUUUAUCAGGAUGAAAGAGCUUUGUUUUAAAAACAACUCUUGUCUUGCUGUGGUUGCGUGUGUAGGGAGCUGGGAGAUGUCUUCCCCUCAAGAAAACAAAUCUCCUUUGGGCACUGAGGGGGCUUUUUCUCAACCCUGUUUCCAAGAGGUGUUGGCUCCCCAUCAGCCAGAAAGGAUCUGCUCUGGUCUCCUGGUUCACCAGCUAACAAAUUAUUGAAAUUGGAGGGGUGGCAAGCAGUCCUUGCAGGCUGGCUGGGGCUGGGCAAUGAGAACACAGGAAACCACAGCGCUCAGAGUGAUGCUGAGCUGCACGUGGGUACCCAGCCUUUGCCCUUCUGGUACUAAUUAUUAUUUAUGCUAAACAUGUAGCCCAGGGAGAAAAAAAAAUCAAUUAGAACUGCAGGAGCCCAGACCAACUGGUGGGGACUAGUGUGAGCCAUUUAGGAAGCAUCCAAACUCCAAUGAGAUGCGUAAUUGUAAUUUGGCUUUCCUGGGCUCAUUCUGCUCAAUGUUAAUUACCCAGUGCUAACAGAGCAGGGGGUGCCUGAUGCCAGAAUGGCAAAAAAAAGGGCUUCUUGUAAGGUGGUGGAAAUGGCUUGCAGUAGAGGAAACUAAUUUAUUCAUCAGACACUCCUUUGGUCUCUUUGUUCAUGCUGCUGACGGGAGGCAGACCUUGAAGGUGUGUUGGUUUUCUGGCAAGCCUUGAAUAAGUAGAAAAGUGUCUUUAAUCUACUGAAAAUUGUCUUCAUCCACUUUUUGCUGAGUGGGAAAGAACAGAUACAACAUUGCUCAUACACGUCUCCUCUUGCCCAGCAACAGGAGACUCAGAGGUCUUCUCUGAGGAGCAAGAAAUACUUUUUUUCCUUGUGGGAAGGAUUUUGCACCCCAUGGGUACAGUAAAAAGGCAAAAAUGGGUUUGGUUUCAGGGGGACUCGGUGAUCUUGCAAUAAUUUAGAUUGGAAAUGAUCUCUAUGAAGAGUAGGGAAAUGGGGAUUCUGGCAAACAUUUGUACCUUAGUCCUUAGGAGAAGCAUGGCACAUUCCUUGGGACUCUUGCAGGCACUCCAGUGCUGCUCCUUUUGCCCAUCUCUUUCACACCUUCCCUCCUGUUGCUGAUGUUAGAAGUGACAUCCUGUGGAGUCUGGAGUGUGGGCAAGAUGCCCAAAGUGAUAGCUUUCAUGAGAGAAGGAAAAUGCCACUGACAGUGUGUGCUGCUAAGCCAUGUGUCCACUGCAGGCACGAAGGGCUCGGAGCAAGCAGGGGGGCAGCACCUUCCUGGGGAAGCUGGGAUCAGUCUGAGUCCUGCCAGAGGUGGACCAAAGCCCAGGCCUGGUUUGGAUAUUCCUGCAUUUCUGAUUCUGCUUUUCUUGUAUUUGCUCACACUUUAGAGAGCACAAGAUUUUUGCAUCACUUAUUAGGGGCAUGAAUCCCCAUGUCUUGCUUUCCCCCUGAAUUCAGGGGUGGUCCUGCUUUCUGUGGUGCUUCCCUUUCUCUCUCCCAUUGCCUCAAACCCUUUGUCUCCAACAGCACCUGCCCUUCUCCUCAGCUGGCUCCUGAGAUCUCUGUAUAUAAAUAUAUAUAAAAUAGAGAGAGAGAAAAUACUUUUUAAAUUUAUUAUCUAUUUAUGCUUGUUGGAGGAAAAUUCUCCCACUUCCUCAAAACCUGCUCAUUUCCACCAAGGAAACACCACACUUCUUGCAGUCCCAGCCAGGAUCAGAUUUGUCUGAUUCAGUAACAAUUCCUUAAUAUUCACCACAGUAAUGUAAUGAACAUAUUAAUAAGAGCAGGUAGCUCUGUAUUUUACAACACCUCAACCUCACCCUGGGCUGCCUGCUUCAAACACAGCGGCCCUUUGUUCGGGAGGAAAUUCUGAUUCAUUCCCUGUUAGUGUUUUUAUAGCACUGUUCAUGUUCAAAGAGCCACGCAAGUGGCUUAAGAGGCUAACACAAACCUUGGGUUAAUUCAUAAUACUGUUAGUUACUCAGCACAAUACCCGCAUUAAUCCAGCUGACUGCCCCUCGCCACAUUGGGAAACACAUGCUGAAAUCAGCAGGGAGCUCAGAAAACAAGCGUGGGAGUAGGAUAUUAAGUAUUUUGCCAGGCUGCUAGGUAGGAUCUGAGCACCUUAAAUGUAUUUAAAAUAUUUUCCCAUUGCUGUUGCCUCGCUCCACAGCUGUGGAGCUGAAGCAACGAUGAGGCUGUGCCCAGAAUCCCUGCAGGCCUGAGCAUGAGGUAUGGGGCUGCAAGCUCCCUAAGGGAUACUCCAGACACAUCCAUCAGGAUUCAGCCCACACCUGAAACUGCCUCCUUUUUUUUUGGGAUCUAGCCAAACUGAUCAAAGCAGAAAAAGCUGUUGUUGUUUUUUUUUUUUUUCCUUUGAUACCUGCUGAUUUCAUUGCAGAGCUGGACUGUGCGUGUCUGCCAUGAGCCCCCACAAUGCUUUCUCUCUGGGGACAUAGCCUGGAACUAUUAUUGCUUCUGCUUACUCAGAAACUUUCCUAUGCAAAGAAACCCUAAGAAAAGAGCUUUAAAUCCCUGCUGUGUUCUUUUCAUCUGGCUCAGGAGCUCCCAGGAUUGUGCCUUUCCGUGCAGUGCCAGCAGACAGCCAUCCCACAACUGCUGCUCAACCUCCUCCUUUUCCAAAGGGCCACAAACAGCCCAUCUGUUCCAAAAGAUGAGGUUUUUUUUUUUUCUUUUUCAAACAAACCAGGCUUUUACAAACCAGUACCCUUUAGACAGUGUCAAAAAUACCUCCAGGUUUUCUAGCUGGCACAUUAUCUCCCCUAAAUUUGUAUAUUACAUAGCACAACAUUUAAUAUAACAUGCUGAGGAAGAUAAAAAUAGGCAAAUAUUCCCAUGACCCCUGUGCACAUCUCAAACCCCAAGUUUCUGCACUGAAAUAUCAAGGAGUAAACUAUAAAGUUGUUGAACCUGUUGCACAAUAAAUUAUUUGUUUAUGCAUAUUUUAAUUGCAAAUCUUUGCUAUAAUUAGCACGGACUCUUCUUGGGCUGAGGCGCUGCAGUGUCCUUUGACAGUGAGCAUUAUUAACGGGCUGGAAAAGGCAAUGGGGAAUUGGAUUAUAAUGUUCUUGUUUUGCAAGUUGUAUGGUGAAUAAAUAAAUUUGUUCUGGCAGCAAAA